AUGAGUCUUGAAACUACUGCGUAUCUGCAGCACCUCAGUGAAAGACCGGAGCGAACCCGUAAUUUCUGUAUGGUGGCUCAUGUUGACCAUGGCAAGACAACACUCAGCGAUUAUCUAGUUGCGAGCAACGGCAUUCUCUCACCGCAGCUUGCAGGUGAAGUUCGAUUGCUGGACUCCCGCCCGGAUGAACAGGAACGUUGUAUUACAAUGAAAGCCAGUUCUAUUGCACUUCGACAUACAUACAAGGGUGUGGAACAUCUUUUAAAUCUUGUGGAUUCACCGGGGCAUAUUGACUUUUCAUGUGAAGUCUCCACAGCGAUGCGGUUGUGUGAUGGGGCGGUUGUUAUUGUGGACGUUGUGGAUGGGGUAACUCAACAAACAAGUAGUAUAUUGCGACAUGCCUAUCGAGAAGGUCUCUCUAUGUGUCUCGUUCUCAAUAAAGUAGAUCUUCUUAUUGCUGUUCAGCAACUUUCACCAGAGGAAGCAUAUUACCGUAUGCGUUCUAUUAUAGAAACUUGCAAUGCAGCACUUGCUGGGUUCGCUAAUCAGCUAAAAAUUCAAGAAGAGGAUUCUGCGUUAUCUCAAGAUCGUGGAGAUCCUAGUGAUGAUGUAUGGUUUUGUCCGACGAAGGGAAAUGUACUAUUUUGUAGUUGCUAUGAUGGAUGGGCUUUUGGUACUUCUUUCUUUGCUUCUCUAUAUGAAGAGAAAUUGGGUAUUUCUAAUCUUCAAACUUAUCUUUGGGGUGAAUACUACUUAGAUAAUAAAACAAAAACCAUCGAAACGAGUCCAUUGCGAGCAGGACAACAACCUUUAGUCGUUCAAUUAAUGCUUGAACCUAUUUGGCAAUUAUAUAAAACUUUUCUUGAGGAGGAGGAUAAUUUAGAGCAACAAUUACGUAUGGCUGCGAAGUUAGGUGUUCCAGAACGAGUAUGGAAUAAUCCUCGUAGAGAAAAAAGGGGAAAAUUAAAAGCUCUACUUUCUUAUUGGCUUCCAGUUGCUAAAAGUGUUUUAAGUACAAUUUGUGAAAAAUUGGAUUCUCCUGUGGAAGCGCAAAGACGACGUAUACGGUUUCUCAUGCCUAAAUUUGAUGAAGCACCAGCUUCUGUACAAGAAGCAUUAAUGGAAUGUUCACCUUCACCUGAUGCCCCAUGUAUUGUGUAUGUCUGUAAACUUAUUGAUACCCAAUUUCUUGUUGGAACCAUAAUAGGUCAAGAAGGGUGUAGUGAUGAUGCCUUUAUUGGAUUUGCUCGUGUUUAUAGUGGACGUCUUCAACCUGGAAAAACGGUAUACGUUCAAAGUGAUGAUAAAAUUGUAGAAGCAGUUGUACGUAAAGUAUUUCUUUUUCGAGGUACAGGAUUAGAUGAGGCUGCAGAGGCAUGUAGUGGGACACUUUGUGGUAUUGGUGGACUUACACCUUAUAUUACAAAGUAUGCCACCUUAUCUAGUUUAGAAGGUGUUCCACCAUUUAAACCACUUGUACUUCCGAGUACAUCUAUUGUUCGUGCUUCUGUAUUUCCAAAAGAUCCAAAAGAUUUAUUUCAACUGGUGCAAGGACUACGAUUAUUAUAUAAGGUGGAUCCACAAGUGGAAGUAAGUAUACUUCCCACGGGUGAACAUGUUAUUGGAACUGCUGGAGAGGUUCACUUGGAACGUUGUAUAAAAGAUCUUGUGGAUACUUUUGCUCGUGUGGAAGUAGUGGCUUCAGAACCGCUUGUCUCUUUCCGAGAAACUAUUGUAGUCGGUGGUUCUGGUGGAAGUAUUAGUAACAUUAGCACAAAGCCAAAGCUACACACCGUGUCAGCAUUGGAUGGUGCCUUCUCUAUGACCCUUUACGCCCGUUGUUUACCAUCAGAAGUACUUGAAAUACUUAAGGAUGAUGAUAGAAACCAUGGUUCUAAUCCUCAAUUAUGUCGUCAAGUAAAAACUAUUCUAGCUGAAAAUAAACGAUGGAGUGCGGAAGUACAACAUGGUAUUGUGGCUUGGGGUCCAACAAAACUUGGAUUUCUUGGUGCCAUUCUUCUUCUUCAUUUUGGUAACGAUGACGCUGCAGCAGAGAAGUUACAACUUUUUAAUACCUGGAAAGAUUCUAUUACGGCAGGAUUUCAGGCGGCUGCUGAGAGUGGUCCAAUGGCACAGGAGCCAAUGUUUAACAUUGCCUUUGUGAUCACUGAUCUUUCUAUAGACACUUCCACUGGAUUAACAGGAGGAAUGGUGAUACCGUGUGUGCGUGAUGCCUGUCGAACGGCAAUGGAACUUCACCCAAGACGACUUGUAGAGCCCGUGUAUGAAUGUACAGUUUACUCCUCAGGGUCUACGCAUGGAAAGAUAUAUAGUGCUCUCAGCCGGCGCCGAUCAGAAAUUCUUGAGGAGGUGCCAAACGAGGGCAGUGAUCUCUUUUAUAUUCGUUGUCUUCUCCCUGCGGUGGAGGCCUUUGGACUGCAGGAUGAAUUACGGGUCGCCACGCAAGGGGCAUCCACCGCGCAGCUGCAAAUGAGUCAUUGGAAUAUUGUGGAUGCCGAUCCAUACUUUACACCAACAACAAAGGAAGAACUGGAGGAACAUGGGGCGGAAUUGGCAACAAAAAAUAUUGCAGAACAACUACUGGAGCGUAUUCGACGUCGUAAAGGGCUUUACCGUGAGCGUGUUGUGGAAAGCGCUGAGAAACAGAAGUUUUCUCUUAAAGGUGCGUAA